AUGGCAGACUCAGCUUCUGAAUAUGUGACCCUAAUUUCACAUGAUGAUUAUGAAUUCAUCAUCCCCCGCAGUGCAGCUUGCAUCUCAGGCACCAUUCGACGCAUGCUGGAUCCUUCGAGCAAAUUCUCCGAGGGUCUGACCGGCCGCUGUAAACUGGAUGACAUGUCCGGCGUUGUCCUCGAGAAAGUCUGCGAAUACUUCUGCUAUCAUGAAAAACACAAGGACCAGACCAAUGUCCCAGAUAUGGACAUUCCACCUGAGCUAUGCUUAGAACUUUUGAUGGCCGCCGAUUACUUGGACACUUGA